CAACCUUAGAGCAGAGGCUUACCGAGUGUCCGGAAGAUGACAACGGCCCCCGCCUGCAGCUUGGACACCUGGGGGAUGACCUGCACCCACUAGAAUGCCUGGAUGGUUCAAAAAGGUGUGGUACGGGCUGGCAUCUUUACUCAGCUUCUCCUCCUUCAUCCUGAUAAUCGUUGCUCUGGCCAUGCCCCACUGGCUGAGUGGGAAAAUCCUUUGUCAGACUGGAGUGGACCUGGUCAAUGCCACUGACCCAGAGCUGGUCAAAUUCAUUGGGGACAUUUAUUACGGACUCUUCCGAGGCUGUAAGGUGAGGCAGUGCGGGCUCGGGGGCCGCCAGUCCCAAUUCACAGUCUUCCCACACCUGGUGAAGGAGCUCAACGCGGGUCUCCACGUGACGAUUCUGCUUCUCCUCUUCCUGGCUUUGCCCCUGGCUCUGGUCAGCAUGGGCUUUGCCAUUCUCAACAUGAUCCAGGUUCCGUACAAGGCGGUCAACGGUCCCGGGGGCAUCUGCCUAUGGAAUGUCCUCGCAGGUGGAGUCGUGGCGUUGGCCAUCACCAGCUUCAUGGCCGCGGUGAAAUUUCACGACCUGACAGAACGAAUCGCCAACUUUCAGGAGAGGCUCUUUCGCUUUGUUGUGGUGGACGAACAGUACGAAAAGUCAUUUUGGAUCUGCGUAGCCAGCGCCUCAGCUCAUGCUGCAAACUUGGUUGCGGUGGCCAUUAGUCAAAUUCCCCUCCCAGAGAUUAAGACCAAAAUAGAAGAGGCCACGGUCACAGCCGAAGAUAUCUUGUAUUAAUAGCCUUCUCCUGCUCA